AUGUCCCCAAUUCUCCAAAGGCAAAAAGACCCAGACAAGGCUUCAAACCUCCCGAAGUCGAUAAACGGCAGCUCAGAGCUCUCCCCUCGCGUGCAGAACUCCAACAAUUCUUCAGUUGGCACCAGUUACCCGACGGGGAUGACGCUUAUCCUCAUAUUCGUGUCACUUUGCACGAGUACGUUCUUAGUUACCUUGGACGGUACGAUCAUUGCUACAGCGAUACCAACCAUAACGUCCCAAUUUAAUAGUCUUAAUGGCGUCUCAUGGUACAAUGUGGCCUUUCUACUCACCACAUGCGCCUUCCAACUACCAUAUGGACGAGCCUACUCGCUUUUCAAUAUGAAAUGGGUAUUCAUCUCUGCAAUUGUUAUUUUCGAGGUUGGAAGUACUAUUUGUGGAACCGCGCCGAAUUCUCUUGCUCUGAUUAUUGGUCGAGCUAUUGCCGGUAUUGGUAGCGGUGGGAUAUUUAGCGGCUGCUUUAUUGUCAUUGCCAAAAUUAUACCAUUGAGGAAGAGGAGCCUCUUUGCUGGCCUCAUCGGAGCAAUGUUUGGAAUUGCUUCUGUUGUGGGACCCUUACUCGGAGGGGCGUUUACCACCCGUGUUUCUUGGAGAAGGUGCUUUUAUAUUAAUCUUCCUGUUGGCGGAAUUGCGCUCGCGGUUGUGACCUUGUUUCUCCCGAAAUCGUCCUGGCUGGAUGUUUUCAAAAAGUUCGACCCAAUCGGAACCGCUUUGUUCGUCUCGUCCAUAAUUUGUCUCUUACUUGCUCUACAUCCAAGGGUAAUCACAACCUUGACUUGCUUCGGAGUCUCCAUCAUAGCUUGGGCUGUCUUCCAGUAUUUUCAGGGGGAGAACGCAACCAUACCAAAAAGUGUGCUGAGUCAAAGAAGCGUUGUCGGAGCUUGUUUGUACACCAUGUUCGGUGCCGCCUCCUUUUCAGCCGUCGUCUACUACCUCCCAAUAUGGUUUCAGGCUAUCAGACAAGAUGACGCGGAACAAUCUGGUAUUCACACCCUGCCUCUCAUUCUCAGCCUUGUUAUUGUCUCAGUCUCAUCCGGCGCCCUCGUGUCGAUUUGCGGCUACUAUACGCCGUUUCUUAUUCUAGGUACGGUCCUCAUGAGUGUAGGCGCAGGACUUCUGUACACUUUGAAAGCAGACGUCAGUACCGGUCCCUGGAUUGGCUACCAGAUUCUAUUCGGAGCCGGGAUUGGAAUGACCCUCGAGCAAUGCAAUAUCCCAGCAGGCACUAGUCUGGCAACCCUUGUGCGAUCUCUUGGCGGCUCGAUUGCGGUGGCGAUCUGUCAGAAUGUGUUUGAACAGAAGCUAUGGACCAACCUAGUUGCCGUUCUACCGGAUCUUGACGUGUCGGUCAUUGGUAGGAGUGGGGCUACCGCUCUAGUUGCCAAUGCUCGGGCUGCUCUUGGUGGAAAUUCGGAAGCAGUCCAGGAGGUUCUCAAUUUGUAUAACGACGCAGUUGUCCAAACUUUUCUGGUGGCUCUGAUAUUAGCAGCGCUCACUUUGCCAGCUGCGUUACUCGUUGAAUGGAAAAGUGUCAAAAAGGAGAAAAGUGAGGAAUCAGAGGACAAAGAAAAGGCUGCUGUGAAGGUCUGA